UUGGUGGUCAGAUUAUAAUAGCUCAGAGUUCUACAAAUUGUUUCUGAAGUGUGCACAGCCUAAGAAGUGGAAAGCAUAUGAUGGAAAAAUCACUGAAAUGGAUACACAGUACACACUCCGUGCCAGAGAACUAUUUGAAAUCUAUCGCAGCAUUAGCAUGAACAACAUCCCAAAAGACGAGAGAACAGAUGUGCUGUUAACACUCAGAUGUACAGUGAAGGAGUAUGAGUGUAAAUUAACACAGGAAAUAGUGGAAUUAAUUGACAGGGAAGUUGAUCUUAUGUCCAGAGAGGUGAAAGAAUGCAAUUUAGAAGGACUGAGGAAAAGAAUUUGUACAUUGUUUCUUCAGUAUAUUAAAACUCCAGAGUUUAACCCCGAAGUUGCUGGGAUGCUUAAGGUUCCACCUGAUCCCUUGAAGCUUUAUAAAAAUGUUUACUUCUGUCAUAAUUGUGAAAAUUACUUACCAUCCACUGAGUUUCCUAUUCCUGCUAAUUCCCACAACAUUGGCAGAUGUCGCUCGUGUUACAAGCUUGAUAAUGAGGCUCGGCAGCGGCAAGCGUUUUUUAAGUACAGACUUAUACUAGAAGAUCUCAGAAAGUCUGAAGCUGAUUAUCAGGAUGAUAGUAAAAUUGUUUCCUUCAUUCAGCCUCAAGAUAUGCAGUACAUGAUUGAUAGCAUAUGGAACUCUCAGUCGGCUCUCAGUGCCUGCAGUGACCUGUAUGAUUUGGUUAUGGUCAGAUGGGAUAAGCAGCAUGAGUGGUCUCCAUGGAAUACUAUUCUCCUCACUAAAGAAGAGGCAGAUGUACAUCUUCAGCUGUGUAACCUUCAGGAGGCUUAUGAAGCUUCAUUUAUUCACAGAAUGAAAGAAAAGCAUAUCCAGGCAAAAAGCGACUUUGCUUGGAUUUUAGCGAUGUCAUAAUUUUUGCAUAGGAGUGACAAUCAGAUUAAUGCAAAUGAAUUUUUAACAGCUGCUCCUAUUCCUACAAAAACGUAA